AUGGCGCCUCAUCUCUCCAUCUCGAACCCGAAUCCUCGGCGAUUACAAGGACCGAGCCUGCUCCAUGAGUUGAUCCCGCUCGAGAGUCAGCAUGGCUCGGCGGCCAUCGAGCACACAGACGCCGAUGGAAAUCUCACUUCACUGAGCUAUGCCGAAUUCCACACCAAAGCAAACGCCCUGGCCCGUCGCAUCAUAUCUCACCUUGGACAUCGCAGAAGUGAUCGACUGAUAAUACCACUCUUGAUCCCACAAUCUCCAGAUUUGUACAUCUCGCAGCUCGCCACACUGAAAGCCGGCGGCGCUUUCUGUCCCAUCGUUCUGGAUGCGCCAGAAGAGCGACUUCGUUUCAUUCUACAGGACAUCGAUGCCACCAUCCUUCUGACGACCGCCGACCAUAAGUCGAAACUGCUCGAUCUGGAGGGUGUGCGAAUUUUAGCGGUCGACCAACACUCUCCCGCUGUUGAUGACGACCAGGACGACCUGGACGUCUCCAUCACUCCUCAGGAUGCAGCCUAUAUCAUGUACACCAGUGGAAGCACUGGACAGCCCAAGGGAGUCAUACUUUCUCACUCCGCGGCGACGCAAGCACUGCUCGCUCACGACUUGCAUAUUCCGAGCUUCUCACGGUUCCUACAGUUCGCCAGCCCGACCUUCGAUGUCUCGGUCUUCGAAAUCUUCUUUCCCUGGUUCCGAAAUUGUACGCUGGUCAGCUGCGAUCGACGACGCUUGCUGAACGAUUUGCCCAGUGCGAUCAACAAUCUGAAAAUCGAUGCGUGCGAGCUCACACCUUCGGUUGCCAGCAGUCUACUGCAGGGUCGGGAAAGUGUCCCGUCACUCAAAGUGCUGUUGACCAUCGGCGAGAUGCUUAAACCGUCUGUGGUCGAGGCGUUCGGCGGAGACGAUGAAACGCCUGCAAUUCUACACGGCAUGUAUGGUCCAACAGAGGCAACGAUACACUGCACUCUGCAGACCAACUUUCCGAAAUCCAUGUCCUGCAGUUCAAUCGGCAUUCCACUGGAUACAGUAUCAGCAUUUGUGGUCAGAAUACCUGCAGACGAUGAUGUUGCUCCAUCAAACCUCGAAAUUAUGCCUCUGGGAGAAGAAGGCGAACUCGCCGUGGGUGGCCAUCAGCUUGCUGACGGUUACCUAAAUCGAGACGAAAAGACCCGGGAAGUUUUCGUUGAGCACCCGGACCACGGCCUACUGUACAGAACCGGCGACAGAGUGAGAAUGUUGCCCGACGGCAAGUUGGAGUGCUUAGGACGCAUAUCCAGCGGUCAAGUGAAGCUGCGAGGCCAGCGCAUCGAACUCGGCGAGAUUGAGCAUGCAGCUUCCAAGACACCUGGCUGUCGUGAUGUCGCAGCGGAAGUCAUUUCUGGCAUACUGGUCAUUUUCUGCGUUCGUGGGACCGAUUCUUUGACCGAUUCCUUGAUUCUCGAAACCUGCCGAAAAUGGCUCCCUGAGUUCAUGAUACCUGGCAACGUCGUGAUAAUACCGUCUCUCCCAUAUCUUGCGAGCGGAAAGUGCGACCGGAAAACAUUGCGUGCCGAGUAUGAAAAGUCGCAAGAAGAGGGCGAGGGCGACGAUGCAGUCCUUGAUGAGCAGACUGAAAAGACAAUUGCGGUACUCGGUGAAGUCUUGGGGCAGGAGGUCACAGCAUCGACUACUCUACCGAGCAUCGGCGUUGAUUCCCUAUCAGCUAUACGUCUUGCAUCGGCACUCCGUAAGAACGGAUUUCCCCAGCUCGACGCUGCUCGAAUUUUGGCCGCUCGCACACCUCAUGAUAUUGUGAAAGCGUUGAAGCGAGCUUCAGCUGAGCGAGCCACAUCCGGACAGACAGGAGAAUUCGACGCUUCGUACAGAGCCCGCCUGGAUACUGCAGUCGAGAAGGCCUUACCAAGCAUGCAAAGCGACAUCGAAACAGCAUUUCCUUGCACUCCAGUCCAAGUAGCAAUGCUCACAGAGACCGAAAGGGACUCCCAAGCAUAUUGCAAUUGGAUAGAGCUCUUUGCAGUAGUGGUGUGGAAAAGCCUUGCGCCGGAUCAAUUAAGAGAGAACGCUGACCUGCGUCCGUCCUUACGCAUUGGCUCAUCCCAAGAUUUGCUCCGCCCAAUCACUUUCUCGUCAAGACUGUGCGAUGGUGGUGUCCGAUUACUAGUCGAGCUCCAUCAUGCAUUGUUCGAUCAGUGGGCGAUGGAUGUAUUCCGGUCCGACCUUCUGGCAAUCUUGCACAAUAGGGAACGCCAACAACCCGGGUCCUUCAAGUCUGUCUCCGACUACUACAUAUCUUACCAAGAUGAUACCAAGUCUGCGGCCGUAAUCGACUUUUGGCAAGAUCAUCUCCGAGAUGUCAUCCCGUCACCCAUGCCUAUCCUCCGCGCAGGCAGCGUUCCCGACUCUGUACAAAGAACGAGCUGGCACGACUUCACGAUAAUCACCGAAGAUGUCAGGUCAAAGGCUGCCGCCCUCGGCUGUAGCGUACCGGCGGUCUUUCAGGCUGCCAUGGCAUUUCUCCUUGGCAGCUACGCUGGCACAACUGAUGUCACGCUCGGAUCAGUCUUCUCGGGACGUACGAUACCAGUUGCGGACGUCGACUCCGUAUUCGGUCCAUGUCUCGCUACGCUCCCUUUCCGCAUGGACUUCGGCGCUGUGGCAACAUGCAAAGAUCUGCUACGGGCUGUGACUGAUCGGAACCGAGCGAUGCAGAAGUAUGUCGCCACAUCGCCGACAUUUAUUAGAAGAGCUGCUGGCAUCAUGCCAGGAACCAAGCUUUUUGACAGCCUGUUCAUCUGGCAAGAAAGUACCGUCACUGGAGGUCCAGAUGAGAUCCAAGUGCUGGACUCUUCUGAAGACCGCCUGGAAUUCGGUCUCAUUCUUGAGUUCGAGCCAACUCCUUCAAAUGUUAAGGCGCGAGCCACAUACAAAGAGAGCUUGGUCGGCGAGGACCAGAUUGAAAUGAUGCUGCGUCAAAUCGAAUCGAUUGCAGCGUAUCUCAUCGAGCAACCUACUGGUCUCGUAGAUGCCCUGGGAUCGUGUCUCAGUGAUGAGACUCUCUCAACAUACCGUCGGUACGGUGCGAUCUACGACGGUGCGGUGGAAGGUCCGACUGCCACCUUCGUUCUCAGUCUGGACGGCGAUGAACGCAUACUAUCUUGUGGUGCUUUCGGCGAGAUCGCUCACAGUGAUGAGCAAAACGAGAAGGACGAUUCGGAUGCAUCCCGAGUGAUCAAUCACCCAAAGCAUGGCCGACUUUACCGGAGUGGAGAGACAGGAAGGCUGUUGGCAGAUGGCACUCUGCUCAUCGCCGGAAGAGUCGACGAUCUAGUGACAUUCAAAGGGACCCAAGUGGACGUGGCUAAGAUAAGUGCUGCAAUCGCACAGCACUCGGGCGUCGUCGAAUGUGCAACAUUGCUCUGUGGCAAACAAAGCUCAAAGCCAACGCUUGUAAGUUUCUGGGUUCCCGCAUCGCAAGGUCGUGCUUGCACGACGACAGCAACUGUCUCGAAGGCAGAACCACAGGCCAUCUCAUCAAUUUUUGAGCAACUGGAGGACAUGCUUCAGGACUACAUGAUUCCGGCAACGGUGGUACCAAUGAGCAAGCUUCCUGAAACGCAAGAAGGCAAGCUGGACAAGCAAUGCCUCCAGAGUAUUUUCAACGGCCUAGGAAGCGAAGAUCGGGACCAGUUCUCGCGGCCUCACAAUGCAUCUGGCGCUGAUGAGGUGAUCUCAACCCAAGAGCAGAUCGUUGCAGAAUUCUUGGCCGGGUAUCUGGAAAUCCCUAUCUUGGACAUUCCAUCGACCCGUAUCUCAAGGAACUCGUCGUUCCUGUCCCUCGGACUGAACUCGCUAAACGCGAUUCAGCUGGUCAGAUCCCUAAAGAAGCGACUGGACAUGGACAUCAGUAUCUCGACAAUUUUGAGCCAACCCAGCAUCACGCGCCUAUGUCGUACAAUCUCCGAUGACCGAAAAGUCGCGGAAGAGCAAGAAGCAGUGAAAAUCCGCGAGGUAAUUGCUGGUGACUUCACAAGAGAGAUUGAGGAGUCUUACGUUGCCGAUGGACACACCAUUGAAGCAAUUCUGCCGUGCACACCAUUGCAGCAAGCGAUGCUUUCAGCCACCUCAAGCGCUGAUGGAGGCGCAUACUGUGACACUUUGAAGCUGAAGCCAUUUGCAGAUAUGCAGAAGUUCGAGGAUUGCUGGAGAGAAAUGGUCAAAAGACAUCCGAUCUUGAGAACGUGCUUUGUCGAGACUCCUUUGGCGGCCUACCCGUUUGCGCAGGUCGUCUUGAAAGAUCAGCCUUCAAGUUGGGUUCACUUUGGCAACGAGUCGAACGGCAGCCUAACAAAUGGGCACGCGAACGGCGACCUCGAAGGCAACAUCUCUGCUCGUGUACCGCUCCGAUUCGAUGCUCAGGGGUCAGAUCUGUACUUGCGGAUGCAUCAUGCACUCUACGACGGAGUGUCGGUCUCUAUUCUCUUCUCGGAACUCACACGACUUUACAACGGCGAGCAACUUCCGAGUCCUGUUUCGUUUGAGCCGUUUUUGCAAGUCGUCUUGGCUCAGAAUGGACCACAUGCACUCAAAUUUUGGUCGACGCAAAUGAAAGACUUCAACCCUCAGCGAUUUCCGACACAUGGAGCUGACGCCCAGCAGCAAGUGGAGAAAACUAUUGGACGCAAGUUGUCGGUCCGUCCUGCGGUGCUGAAGGCGUUUGGCGAGCGACACUCUUGCACCACCUCCAUUAUGUUCCAGGCCGCCUGGGCAAAGACCUUAGCUUGCUUACAAGAUGGCACCGAUGUUUGUUUCGGCAACGUAGUGAGUGGAAGGACGGUCGCUGUACCCGAUGUCGAGCGCCUUGUUGCGCCGUGUUUCAACACGGUGCCGCUGCGUACAAGGAUGCACGAGCUUCGCACAAACAUGGACCUCAUUGCACACCUGCAAAGGAUCAACGUUGAUACGAUGCCGCAUCAGCUCACUGCCGUGGGCAAGAUACAAGGGCUGACGCUGGACCCAUCCCGCCGCCUUUUCGAAUCGAUAAUGCUAGUACAGCCACCCUCCAUCGAGUCCGACGACGUCUUCACCGAGGAGGGCGAGAUGGACAUGGGAAUACCGCUUGUCGUUGAAAUCAUACCCGGCGAGGACGAUUUUAAUUUAAAGGUCCAUUUCCUGAUCGACCGUGUCGCUGAAGCUAUUAUACCAUCCCUCAUGGACGCCUUCGAAGCCGCAUUGGCGUCUUGCGUGCGCUACUCGUCUAGCUCUCUGGACCAAUUUGUCGAGUUCGAUUCUGCUCAAAUUGCAGGCAAGCUUAAAGCACCUCUUGCGCCAUCCGAGGUCAAUGGCAACGACGAGAACUUGAGCAACGGCGAUACUGCUGGCUCUUGGAGUUCAGCUGAGCAGACAAUACGCCAAAUCUUUGCCGAGUUGGCUGAUGUUGACCCAGCCCGCAUCUCGAAACGUACUUCGCUGUACCGUAUUGGACUGGACAGUCUGAACGCUGUGCAAGUCGCAUCAAAAAUGCGCAGCAGCGGUAUGGAGGUCGAUGCUGCUGAUGUAAUGCAGCAUCAGCAUCCCGAGGCACUGGCAGCCUUCCUCGCUUCCCGGACGACUGAGCCGAAAGCUGAGGUCGGUCAAGAGUUCAAUCUGGAGAACUUCGACAGCGACCACCGUCAAGGUAUUAUGGAUAGUCUUGGCAUCGCCGAGGACAGUCUCGAAGCUAUUCGUCCGUGCACGGCCGCGCAGAGCGGCAUGCUGUCUCAAUUCAUACAGUCAGCCGGCGAACACUACUUGAACCAUACUGUGUACGAAGUUCCGUCUGAAUACAGCUUCGAGAACAUUCGCUCGGCUUGGAUGACAGUGCAGCGGAAGCAUCAGGUCUUGCGGAUGGGCUUUGCUCAGCUCGAUGAAAUAGCCGUGCCAUUCGCGAUGGUCAUAUACCAACCAGGCUCGUUCCUGGAGACGAGUGUGACUUCUCCUGACCCCUGCGAUCGCAGUGAAAUACAGCGUCAGGCCAGCCACGAGAUACUGCAUGCUCUGGAUGUCCCUGCUUGGCGAGUCGCGGUCAUGGAACUUCAAGGGACGAGGCAAAUGUGCCUAUCGAUGCACCAUGCCCUCUACGAUGCCGAGUCAUUGCAAAUACUACUGACAGACUUCGCUGCUGCGCUCCAUUCGGCUGACGUAGGGACGGCGACGACAAUUGAUCAGACACUCCGCACUCAGAUCGAGGGUGCAAUGUAUCGACAAGAUGACAGCGAGGCGUUCUGGAGGUCCACUCUGCAGUCUGCUCACCUCGUCAAGUUUCCAAACUUGACUCCGAACAUCAUCCGAGAGAGCGGAUCCUCCGUGGUGGGCAUGCCUUGCAGCCUAGAGGCAUCAGAGCUCAAUGCAUGCUGCAGCCGGAAGGGCGUCACCGUUCAGGCCAUGGGCCAGACUGCGUGGGGGCGUCAACUCUCGGCAUACACUGGCGAGUCAGAUGUCACUUUCGGGACUGUGUUCUCUGGCAUAUCUGCUUCGACCGCCAACCCAGAGGCUUUCCCUUCGAUUUCGACAGUCCCGGUCCAAUUCAGUUCUGGUAAGCCUCUGGAUGAGGCGUUGAACAACAUGGUGUCGUACAAUGCAUCCGCUCAAAGGCAUCGCUUCACGCCACUCUCUGAGAUUCAGCGUUUCGCGGAAUCUGCUGGAGAGCCACUCUUUGAUACUGUCUUCAUCUAUCAGAAAUCCCAGAAACGCUCGGAGGAGUCACUGGAAUGGCCAGUUCUAUACCAGACACUCGGGAUUGACUAUGUGGCUUCUCUCGAAAUGGAACUAACAGGGCCCGAGGAAAUAUCUUUGCGACUGCACUUCGACACUCGAAUCAUUCCUGAAGCACAUGCGCAUCUCAUGCUGCGGCAGUUUGACUCCAUCCUGAGACACGUUGCAGGCGAUGAAAGCGAUAAGAUCAACCUCAAUCACGACUUGUUGUCCAUCUCACCCCCUCGGGAACGAAACUUACCAUCUCCGGCUGGCCUCCUCCAUCAAUUUUUGGAGCGCACCGCUGAGCAGACGCCGCACAAGCCAGCACUGGAGUUCAUAACGUCUUUUGACAAUGAAUCGAAAGGCCGCAAGAAAUGGACAUACCAAGAUGUUAACGAUCGCAGCAAUCAAGUGGCCCAAUUAAUCUCCCAGCACAACGUUCGACCGGGCGGAGUAGUGGCGGUAUGCAUGAGCAAGUCGGCAGAAGCAACAUUUGCCUUCGCUGGUAUCCUCAAGGCAGGCUGCGCAUUCCUGGCGAUGGACCCGGACCUACCACUGGCCCGCCGAAAGUUUAUCAUCGAAGACUCCGGUUCGCAGCUAUUGUUCGUGGAUCCAGGCCGAUCUGAUCCGGAAAUGCAGAGCGUGGUCGAUCAAGUAGAGCUGACGGAACAGCACAUUCUGGAAUACACAAGCCAAGCGCUCAGUCUUCCUCCUGCCGAUUCUCAAUCCACUUGUUACAUUCUGUACACGAGCGGAACCACAGGCACCCCAAAGGGCUGCGAACUCACGCAUGACAAUGCGGUCCAAGCCAUGAUGGCGUUCCAGCGGCUGUUCGCUGACCACUGGACGGAGACUUCUCGAUGGCUGCAAUUCGCCAGCUACUGGUUCGAUGUCUCAGUACUUGAGCAGUUCUGGAGCUGGAGUGUCGGCAUCACGGUCGUGGGUGCGCCUCGGGAUCUGGUGCUUGAAGACCUGGCUGGCUUCAUUAACGGGGCAGGCAUUACACAUAUUGAUCUCACUCCAUCUCUGGCUCGUCUGGUCAAGCCGGAAGAAGUGCCGACUUUGCACAACCAUGUCUUCAUCACAGGAGGCGAGUCGCUGAAGCAAGAGAUCAUUGACGCGUGGGGUCCUCUCAAUACGAUCUACAACGGGUAUGGUCCCACUGAAGCAACCAUCGGUGUGACGAUGAAUCCUCACAUCGGUCCUGAUGCAAAGCCCUCAAAUAUCGGCCCUCCAUUCGACAAUGUUGGCGCUUUUGUCUUCGCACCAGGGACAGAUGAGCCUGUCCUUCGUGGCGCUGUUGGCGAGCUAUGCGUAUCUGGCAGGCUCGUUGGCAAGGGAUACCUGAACCGACCAGACUUGACCGACAAGGCUUUCCCAUAUCUGGAGCGACACAAGGAACGAGUAUACCGCACUGGUGAUCUGGUCAGACUCCUUGCUGACGGGUCCGUCUCAUUCAUUGGUCGACAGGACUCGCAGGCCAAACUUCGCGGCCAGAGGUUGGAGAUUGACGAGGUCGACGCCGUCAUCAAGCAGUCUGCUGAAGGCAUUUCUGACGUCGCUUCGCUGGUGGCAAAAUCGAACGAGGGCAACCGCGAGAUGCUGGUAUCGUUCAUUGUUGACCGAAAAUCCCACCACCGCGAAACGCAUCUUGUGCAAUCUGACGGCAGCCGUCAACUUGUGCUUCUGGCGGACUCGGCUUGCCGCGGCCAUCUACCUGGAUAUAUGGUGCCGACUCAUAUCAUACCGAUCUCGCGGUUGCCGCUCACGGUCAACAACAAGGUCGAUGCGAAAGUGUUGGUUGCACUCUUCAAGGACAUGUCCAACAAAGAUCUCCAAAUGCUCAAGGUCCAGCAGGGUGAAAGCCGGAAAAUGAGCACGGCCGAGAAACGCAUUGCAAAAGUGCUCUGCAAGCUUUUGUCAGUCAAUAUGGAUGACAUUCGCCCGGACUCGAACUUGUUCUCCUUGGGCCUGUCAUCCGUAUCUGCAAUCAACUUUGCGUCGCUUCUCAAACGGAGCGGCUUCAGCCGUGCCACUGUCGCCAGUGUCAUGCAAAACACCACUGUGGACCGAUUGGCGACCUCCUUGGCCAACGAGCAGGAUGCGGACAAGAGCAAUGUCAAUGCAAUCAAACAAGCCCAACUGAGUAUCUCUGCCUAUGGGCGGCGGCAUCUUGGCUUCGUGGCCCAAGCACUAUCACUCAGAGUGUCUCGCAUCCAAUCCCUCUACCCGUGCACGCCUCUGCAGGAAGGUCUAUUGAUGGAGUCGACCAAAUCUUCGGACAGGCCUUACUUCAACGAGUUCUGGUUCGAUGUGAGCGAACUGGAUUCAGCACGGCUCGAGGGAGCUAUCCGGCGAAUGCAUAGCCUGAUCCCAAUACUCCGAGUCUCUUUCGUGCGCACAGACGAAGGCUACUCGCAGGUGGUCGAUGCCGAGCAGGAAUGUCCAUUGGAGUUCGUCACUCUUGAGCAAAAAGAAACAGAUGCAUUUGUUGCCAAGCGGAAAGCAGAGUGGCAAUCACAAGUCGACGACCAUGUCUCGAAGCCGUUCCAAGCUCUCUUGAUCAAGACUGCUUCGAAAGCCUGUCUGAUCUUCUUCGCGCACCAUGCUCUCUACGAUGGCGUCUCGUGGGAAGUCAUGCUUGGAAAGCUGCAGGAGACUUACAGUACUGGUCAAGACGUCGAUUGCGGCCCAAACUUCUUUGAGGCCCUUCCCUUCGGCCCUCUCUGCUCUGCGCAGUCCGAUGCGAAGCUUUUUUGGAAUGAACACCUCGACGGUAUCGACUUCCAGCCGUUAGAAAGAAGCGCUGAAGAUUCUGCUGAUGGUGGUUCGUCCACUUCUGUCAGAUUCGACCAUGCUCAAAAGCUUGAGGCCACGCGAAGAAAGCUCGGAGUGUCCCAUCAAGCUCUCUUCCAAGCAGCCUUUGCUGUUGCUUUGCACCAGUUCGCUCCACAGGUGCAGGCUUACGGCCUGGUGCUAUCGGGGCGAUCUAUUGGUGUCGACAGAGCAGACGAGAUCAUCGGUCCGCUUUUCAAUACUGUGCCGUUUGGCCUGAACAUCCAUCCAGACGACACUUGGUACCAGUACCUUCAGCGAUGCCACGCUUCCAACGCAGAUAUGCUGCCCUUCCAGCACACUUCUUUGAGGGACAUCCGCAAGCUUUCCAACAGACAGUCAUCGGAUCCAUUGUUUGACACAGUCUUCGUCUUCCAGCAGCCUUCGGUUAUCAAGUCUACGCCCAGCGGGAUGACACUGAAACCAAUACAGAAAGAUUCACCACCAGAAUUCGGCCUCGCUGUGGAGGUAGAGAUGGAUCCGUCGGGAGAAGCCAGCGUCACCAUAGCAGCGCAAAAAGAUAUUGCCACCGAGGCGGCCAUUACCCAGCUAGGUUGCGACUUCGAUAAAGCCUUGCGCUGUAUCAUGGAGUCCUCCGGAUCCCAAAUAUCGGACGCAUUUAAUGUGACGAGAGCGAAACACAAGCUUUCUUCCAGGAAAGCACCAGAGCCUGACACGGCGCAAAGAUCUGAUAGAAAAUUCGUAUGGACGGCAGAGGCGAGAACUGUGCAAGAGGCAAUUGCGCAAGUCGCAGACUGCGAUGUGGAUACUGUCACCGAGCACUCGGCAAUCUUCACACUCGGCCUUGACAGCAUUGACGCCGUGAAGCUCGCGUCAAGACUAAAGCGUGCCGGCGUGUCACUGCCCGUCAGCAAGAUCUUACAAGCCCAGACUGUUGCCAACAUGAUGGAAGCGAUCGACUCGCACGCGGGCGAAAGCCAGACCGCAAUUCAAGCCAGCCAAUUGUCCGACCAAGAGAAGCAGCUUCAGAGCUUGCGAGAAGCGUUUGAUUCGAGCCUUGACAACAGCGUAGAGCGCAUUCUGCCGGUGCCACCAGGACAGGAGGCUUUGGUUGCAGACAUGCUACGAUCAGAGCUUCACCAGUACUACAAUUCUGAUGUCCUCAAGUUGCGAGAAGAUGUGGACGAGACGAGGCUUCAGCGCGCUUGGCAGACUGUCGUGGAUGCAUAUCCUAUUCUCCGGACAUCUUUUAUUGAAGUGGCAAAUCCAGAUCUCGACGCUGUCUUCGCUCAGCUCGUGCAUCGCCCGGCACCAUUGGAGUUCGCCGAGUUCCGAGCCGGCCAGCUCAGCGAAAUUGGGGACUAUGUUGAGAAAACCAGGCGGGAGGUACUCAAAUCCUACAGCCGCCGGUCACCAUUACGGUUAUGCAUAGCUACGAUAUCGACAGAGCGCUACUUGGUACUUUCCUUGGCCCAUGCACAAUACGACGGCCACAGUCUCGGAUUAUUGCAUCAGGACGUGUUGCAAGCAUAUCACCACAACUUCGAGGCUCGACCGCCUUACGACAAUCUGAUCAAUCAGGCCUUAGAUGCGACCGGACCGGCAGCUUUGGACUUCUGGCGUGGGACGCUCACCGGCGCAAGGACUGCACGUUUCUGUGACGCCUCUAAUGUCGGCGAGUCAGCCGCUACUUCCCACCGAGUGGAACGCGCAUCCAGCAUAUCGGUGGCCGAUACGAGGUCUCUUUGCCAGAAACUUGGUAUCUCGCUUCCAGCUCUUGCACAAGCUUCAUGGGGUGCCUUGCUGGCCAACCAUGUACAAGAGAUGGACGUCAUAUUUGGCGUUGUUCUGGCCUGCAGAGACAGUGAGGAAGCUGAGAAUGUCAUGUUUCCGACGAUGAACACCGUACCUAUGCGGAUGUCCCUCCACGGCUCGGGUGAAGAGAUGCUUCGUGAUAUGCAGAACGCUAUCAAUCAAGCAGGACCAUUUAAGAGAACACCAUUACGGGCAAUUCAAGCUGCCUGCGCUGGCACGGUGAGCCACCAGACUGCAGACAACGCUCUGAUCGAUACACUCUUCAUCUAUCAGCAAGGUCCUGAAGCGACAGAAGGAGACCCAGCCACGCUGUACGAGUCUGUCGAUGCAAAUUCCAAUGUUGAAUUUCCAGUCGCGGUCGAAGUUGAGGUUGUGAACGAGCAGUUCAUCAUUCGGGCAGCGUGCAAGAAUUAUGCCUUGAACGAAGAAGACGCCAAAACACUUCUUGAGCGCUACGACGACAUCCUCAAGUUCUUCGCAUACACCUCAGACAGAGCAAUGGUAGAAUUCUCGGGUAGGGAAGUCUCCAUCUGCGGAUUGGCACCGUUCGAGCAGAGCACAGGUCUCUCCACAUCUCACUCCGUCAAAGACGAACUCACAGACUCGGAAGAUGAGCCAGACGAGAAUGCUUCACUUACCGGAACCAUAUGUAAUGCCAUGGCGCAGGUUUCAAGGACACCAGUGGAAGAGAUCUCGUCCAAUGCCACGAUCGAGAGUAUUGGAAUAGACUCCAUCUCUGCGAUCAAAGUGACAGCACUGCUGCGCAAAUUGGACGUCAAAAUCUCCGUCAGCGAUAUGCUCAAAGCACAGACAGCGCGACGAAUGGCAGAAGUUGCCAGAACAACAUCUGAUGUGCCAGUGACCAAUGGAGACACGGCUUCGAAGUCUGUCGCAGGCGCCCUCGAACAUCUUGACUUGGUCGCUAUCCAACAGAAGGCCAACGUCCGGAAUGAUGACCUGGAGACGGUACUGCCUGCAACGGCCGGACAGCUGUACAUGCUCGCGAUGUGGCGGCGGACUAACGGUCAACUGUUCUAUCCCACCUUUCGAUACCAUCUCAAAACAACGGUCUCGGCUGACGAACUGUCGUCGGCAUGGCAAGAAAUCGUGAAGCGCAACCCUACACUGCGCACGGUACUAUGUUCGACCGGAGACAAGGCGAUCCCUGUUGUGCAGUUCGUUCUCAGACACAAUCCCCGCCCCGAAAACGACACACAUCGACAGCCGCUGGUCAAUGUGCGGCUGACAAGCGCCAACGAUGGAUACGACAUCGAGCUCAAGAUCCACCAUGCUCUUUACGAUGCGGUGUCGUUGCCGAUAUUGAUGCAGGAGCUUCAAACCCACCUUGCCGGCCAUGGUUGCGAGGACUCGACUGUCAAAUUCGAGGAGUUCAUCGCGCUCUCCGUCCGUCCGUCAGCUCGCCAGUCCCGUAAAGACUUCUGGACUGACUAUGUCCGCGAUGUCCAUCCUCACCGUCUCCCACAGUCAAAGGGCAUUUCGAAUCGCAAAGUCGAGAUCUUCAAACCCAACAUCCUCAGUCCUGGCGCCGACCUCGAUCGCUGUGCUCGCACGGCUCAAGUCACCGUCCAGGCCAUUCUCUUCGCAUCCUACGCUCGAAUAUACGCCCGACAUGCCGUGCAAGAAGCAGCGGGUAAGGAUGUUGUCCUGGGCAUCUACAUCGCGAAUCGUGCUCACUUGCCCGACCUUGAUCGCCUCACUUCACCCACUCUAAACCUCGUGCCGCUGGUCGUGCGGUCUCCACUGGAGACCGAUCUGUUGUCAUCCGCCAAGAAGAUCGACCGAGACCUGCGACUUAUCGGCGCGGUGGAAAAUGCGACCGUGUCACUGGCGGACGUUCUCGACUGGUCGCAUGGCGCCAUCAAAAUUGACUCGUUCGUCAACUUUUUGCGACUUCCAGCGAAUGAGGAGGGUGUCCAAUCUGAGGAAGUGCUUGUUCAGACGUCCAACGGAUGGGAAGAGGGCGUAAGCCGAGUCACAGAGCCAGCGGAAGAUGACAAGUCGUCCGUACCAGAGGAACUGGAAACGCUCGAGCCAGGAGAAGCAUACGGUGUAAGUGCACUUUUGGUGGAUGCGGUUCGGACUCGACUAAUCUGUUUCAACAGCACGCUCUCGAUAUUGAGCUUUCGCAACAGGGAGAUGCUUUGGCCAUGGGGCUGUUCUGCCGAGAAGACAUGGUGUCGCUAG